AUGGAAUGCGGUGUCACCACCAGUGACGCGAGUGGACGUGUGGCAGCGACUGCUGCAGGCCGUAGUGCGCAAGAACAUGUUGGCGCAACGUCGACCCUAACACGGAAACUGUUGCGCAAGCCCAUUCGCGUGGAUCCGGUGGACCGAUUUUUGACGCACCAGCAGCUGCCCAUUUUUCUGCAGGCAGCGCUGCGUUUCCUUUUUGAGAAUCGCAUGCUGCACCACGCAGGCUGCACCGCCGAUGAAGCGAGAAAGGCCGCGGCGCUCUCUGCAAGUUCCGCAAGUAUAAAUGACCGGGAGGGCCGGGCAGUGGCGAUCGCUUGUUCCUCGGUCGUGACUUCUGAAUCUCCCCUGGCAGAGUUCGUGCGGGAUGACAUGGUCGCGCUCGUCGAGGCCGUGCUCGAGUGUGAGCUUGAGCAAUGGUUUCAUCUUGACUGCGCGGAGGACGCGGUUAAUCCGAGCUACCACCGGCCACAUUGGCUAGUAGACGAAGCGCACCGCCAGCAUCUGGCGCAGUCAUCUUCAGCUGCAACAUCAAACGCAUACACAGAGGACUCCCAACAAGAUGCGGGUAGCAGCGCCGAGGAGGAGGCCGCAAGCUCAUGUCUGUCGCUGCCAAAGCCAAAAGAAGUGGGCGAUUGGGUUCUAGACGUGGAGCCACCUGCUCCGUCCGACCUUAUUCCAAGCCAAAGAACAUCGGAGCACGGGGCCUCGUUAGAGCCAGACGCGCCGGCUGCUCCUUCACUGUCGCAGCGACCCUACUAUUUGGGACUCUCGCCGGGGGGUGAGGACCCAGCACGCGAGCAGGACCAGCAGGCAUGGGUUUCGUCCGUGUUGUUCGAACGAGACGGCUCCGGCUGCAUUCCACUACACGCAGCGGUUUACGGUUUGACCAGUGCCCCUGCAGUGCCAUCGGCAGGGGGGCACCGAGGAAAUGUGUCGGCCUCCGCCUCCCUGACGUCGCGUAGCAGUAGUUUGAUUGCGUCGCGUCUGAUGGAGCACGAGCGCACGCUCAUGCUGCUUGAACGGGGAAGAAGAAGCACAAAAAGCGGCUUUGUGGAGAAACGAACACGGAUCAUGUCACCCUCGACAAAAAAUCUGGCUCAACCAAAGGCAGGAGGUGAGACGGUCCUGAGACGAGUACUGGAUGGGGAAAAAGGAUCAACGAAGGUGCUUUUGGAGGACACUCCUGCACAACACCUGCGUACGUUUUCGCGUCACCGCAUACGGAACUUGAUGCCAUGGCCCCAACGUGGCUACGCAAUGCAAAGAAAUGCGUGUUGUAAGUACUUGGGAUCGAUGAGAAAUCGAUUGGCGACAUAGAUUCAUGUCGGAAACGUUGGAAAAAGCUAUCCGCCUGGUAGAUAGUCCGUGUAGCAUGAACAGGAUGGAGAUUUCAGUAUGAUGCAGCGCGAGAAAUAAAUCGCGACGGGGAAGUCUGAAAGAAGACCAACAUGCUAAUUUGCAUUGCAUGUUCUGCAUACACCACAGGAUCAGCUCGGGGCUGCACUAUCACAAUAUGAAAGCUUCGAUGAGGCCGCCGACAGUUUUGAAAUGUCGACAGCUCCGCCUGGAGUCGACUCCCGGGGCGUGCUUUAUUGGUGCUGGCAACUCUUGGUGCGAGACCAUUAUCAUAGUGAGCGAGACUGCUAGCGUACCACACGGGCUGCUCAAUGAAGAGAAAAAGUGCAUAAUCGCAGCUGCGAGCAGCAGAGAGUAUUUGUAUGUUUGUCUCAAAUGAUAAUGAUAGUUAGAUGUAUCUGAUUCUGUCGCGGCGGGAGAGCUUAGCCAAUGUAUGGGCUGCUGUUUGCUUAUUUUUUUUGUCAAACUCAAAGUAAGCAAAAACUGCACCGUUUGUUCGUGCUAGCGUGUUUGGCCACGAUGCGCUUAACACGGGAAGCACGCCCUUCUACCAGGCCUGUGCAGAAAGCGCCGACGAAGGUGCGGCCUGCUUUUUGUUGGACGAGGCCCGCCAGUUUUUUGGCGCGCAGAUCGAAGGUUUUUCCACCGGCGAAAUUCCUGAACAGGGGGACAGCCUCUGCGAUAAGGGACGAGAUUUUACCCAUGUUGCCGAAGAGGAACGCACGAACCGUUACUGGGUGCAGUACGUGCGACACGUCCUGCGGGUGCCGGCACGAAACGGCAUGAAUGUGUUGCAUGUGGCUUGUUUCAAUCUUAAUGUGCCACUCGUGCAUUUUCUCUUGUCAGGUGUCAGGGACGUGAACAAUGUGGAAGUAAUCGACGCACCCCUACUCGAUGUGAACCACGCGAAUACCGCGAACGGCUGCGCACCCCUGCACUACACCGCUUGCAACUUUGGUAUGCCUCGCUCAAGUCGUGCCCCUCUCAAGCUCUGGGAGUUGUUGUGCGAUAGAAACAAGUAGUUCGGAUAACGGACUUAGCAGCUCUGUCCUUCUAUUUCUGCAGCGACAAGAACAAACCGAAGGUGACAGACCCGCUUUGUCAUGCAGGUGCUGAUGGGAAUUUGAUAGCCGUACUCCGGAGGGUUCGAGAACUGCGAGACUUGAGCAAGGCAUACGGGGCCGAAAGACAGUCGAAGUAGCCCGAUUGUUGCUCGAAGCUGGCGCCGACGUGCACCGUGCCACGCUGCAAGGGGAGACCGCGGUGACGCAGGCGCGAAACAUGUCGCACAAUCGGACAUUGGUCCGGCUGCUGACAGAAUAUGGCGCCGAAGAGUCAAACUGAAAGAUUGCAAUCGAGUUCAUGUAGCUAAAAUUUCCCGUACUGGACUGAUUUGUCUGUGAACCCUAAACCCUUGACUACUACCUCAGCACAGAGCGGACGCCAGGUUUCGGCGUAAGAAAACAACGCAAACUACUGUCUGGACAAGAAAUACUUUAUUCAAAAAAAGCUUUGGGCACAGUAGUGGUUCCUCUGCUACAGCUGAUUAUUCCGUGUGGCAUGGUUGCCUCGCUGAUGGCUUGCAAUUCGAGAGGAACUGACAAGAGGCAGAGUGAGCACAGAGAUCGCAGCUCGCUGCAGACUUGCAUUUGG